AUGCCUACGCACCUGGCGUACCCAUCUCCGAAGCGCAAGCGCGAUCAGCCCACGCCUAUUCCUCUGCUCAACACGGCCCUCGCCCUGCGUCCCGCGUCAACACCACCACGAGGUAGUCCCGCGCCUUCGUCAGGCGCUGACAGCCCUCGAAAUGCAGUCGCAGACCAACUGCGAGGUAUGACCCUUACUGCACUUGCGGCAAUACCCAUGUCCCCGCUCACACCCACCGACGAUGUAAUACGCAAGAAGCCGAAGCUCGAUGCCAUGAGAGUAGACAGCGGAACUGGAUCAGAAACAUAUACCAUAAGCGAGACAUGGAACAACUAUAGAAACGCGAACGAUCUGGAUACCGUCGUUGUAGCGUCUGAGGUGGAGGUCUCUAGGGUGAUACCAGAGACCCCUCAGUCGUCGCAACCCCGCUUGUUGCCAGAUAUCGCUUCUUUUGCGCAAACCACCAAUUUUGUCUCGUCGCCCGUAACCACAAAAUUGCAGCCAUCUAUAUCUGCGAACCAAAAGCCGCGCGCACAAAAUCGAUCGUCUUCGCAACCCCGCCCUCAGGCUAGAUCUCCGUCACCCCCAAUGUCAGCUCUCACGUGGCGAGAUAGUGAGAUCACGGGACAUCUGGUCGACCCGUCAACUGAUCCAGAUGAUGAUGGCACUGGACUCAAUGGGAUUGGCUUCAGACCUACACCAGCACUAGCAUAUGCUAGGUCGCAGAAGCGACGACAACAGUUGACUGAGUGGAAGCUACGGGAAACUCGCGAAGCGAGAGCAAAACGUAGCGAGAGGCGGAGAAGGGGUGUUAGAGACACGCCUUCAAGGGAAGUCACUGUUGAACGGGAGGUCAUGCCUGUUACUAAGAUCGGGACCACGAAGCGGACGGUGAAGUUCGCUAUAUGA